UCAUGAAAUUUACUCCAUUUUAUUGCAGAAAUGGGCACCCCACAGGAUCUUCUGAAGUGUGGUAUCUGUUGUGUAAACAGGAGUCUGCCAGCAUACUGUGUAGACUGUGCAGAAAAACUGUGUGCAGAAUGCUGGAAGAACCAUCCACAGCAAGUCAAAGAUGAUCAUAUGGUCCUCCCCAUGGCCGAGUCAAAGUGCCCUGAACAUUUCAAAUUCUAUGCUGUCCACUGUAAGAUGUGUGACAUUCCAAUCUGUAGAGAUUGCUUGAUUGAUUCCCAUAACGGACACAAGUAUUCAAGUAUCAAUCAGGCCAAAGAUGAGAAAAUAAAAGAAGUAAUCAAGUAUACCAAACAUUGGAGAGAGAAUAUCUGUCCAGUUUAUCAGGCUUUGGAAGACCAGGCUAAAGCACAAAGGGGCAGUUAUGAAUCAGAAAUAGUUGCUGUGAAGAUGACAAUUAAUGGACAGAGAGAAAUGCUGAAAACAAUGGUUGAUAAUUUGUGCGAUGACAUGAUAGAAUCCGUCCAAACAACCCUUGCAGCUCACAGCAAUCAAAUAAACAGUGAAUUGCAAGAAAUAGUUACACGAAAGUGGGAAAUUGAAGAUGAAAUCAGAAAGAGUGAGGGAAUGUCAGAAAAAGGAAUAUUGGAAAUCAAGGAAUUUCUUGACACACUCCCUCAUCUGAGGGACUCUCUUGCUACACCUCCAACACUGUCCAUGCCAAUACCUUCCAGAUUUUUUCCUGCUGAAAUAUCAGAAAGAACUCUAAAACGCAUGGUUGGCAGUAUUCUGCAAGUCAGUAUGCACAGCAGUUUUUCCUGCAAACUUCCAGUAUCAAAUAUCCAAGCCUGUUCAGCCAAUGAAGUAUGGGUAAGCUUCCAUGAUGAAAAACUGCUUACCAAAUAUUCAUAUAAACAGGAAAAAGGCACAGCAGUGGAGAUGGAGAACCUGAACCUGCAGUUCAAACCUGAGUGUUUCCUUCUCUUAAAAAAAGACUGCCUUCUUGCAUCAGACAGGUUCAACCAUUGCAUUUGGAAAAUUGAGAACAAAGGAAAGCCACAAACAUUCAUAAAAACUUCUCCAUCAAACCCAAAGGGCAUGUGCCUGAACAACAGACAAGAACUUGUCGUCUGCAUCUCAGGAUUGACUGGUAGUCUAAGAAUUUACUUUGGGGACAAGUACCAAAAUAGCAGAGAUAUUGCCAACCAUCUUCUCAAUGCUCCCAAUCGAGUAGCUCAAAAUGGUGAUGAAAACUACAUUGUCCUAGACGACCACCUCCAAACUCACUAUGUCACUGCCAUAGACACUAAAGGAACACUCCAGUGGAAAUUCAAAGGUCUGGAGGAGACUAAACAAUUCUUUUUCCCUAGAAGUGUUUGCUGUGAUUCUUUGAUGAACAUUAUUCUCUCUGACUUUGGGAACAAUUCUGUGUUGCUUCUGGAUAAAGAUGGCAAAUUUCUGAUGAAUCUUCUUAGUGACAAAUAUGGCUUACAGAGCCCCAGGGGAGUAUGUCUGGACAGAGAGGGAAAACUGUGGGUGGGACAAGGGGAUGAUGGAAAGGGAGAGUGCCACAUUGUUAAAUAUAUUAAAUAG